AUGCGUUUGUCAGUGGCCGAGUUAGUUUACAAGAUUAACAAAGUCGAGUGCCAGGUCAAUAAGGCACGAGUCAGUGAUGUCACCUGUCGUUUGAAGGCGAUCAAUUGGAAUGUGGCCUUGGUUAAUAUGGAUUGCUUCUUAAUAUUGCCUGUGAUAAGUCCUGUUGUCCGAUUGCAAGUUUUUCUAAAGGACUAUUCUAACCAGUUCAAGCCAUUCCUCAUUGACGUGACUUUCAAGCUAUGCGAAGUGAUCGAUAGGAAAAACUUUAUACCAUAUGGCGUCAUGUUCUGGAACAUAUUGAAACGUUUCACGAACGUCAACGAAUCUUGCAGUGUAUCGGGACAUUUAAGUGCAAGGAAUGGUUAUCUGGACACCAGUUUUUUGCCGCCAUUUCCCCACGGAACAUACCAAAUCAGUUUGAUAUUUAGUGAUAAAAAUUUGACAAAUUCUGAAUUUUUGGCAAAUGUUAAGCUUUUUGUGGAAUCCAUGGAUCGAAUUAAGAGUAAGAAGUUCAGAGACUAG